UCUCAAUCCAUAGGCCAAGUUGGAGGAGCAAAGAGCGAUUAGAAUGGUUGAGGACUCUGAAUAUGGAUGGCGGUUUACGUGGGAAGCACAGUCUCACAUCCCAACGCUUCGAUUAUUCUUAUUACCCAAAAACAACCUCAAUCCCUCUCUUCAAUGUCACAAUAUCAGCGUUCACCUUCAUUCCUCACACUCUUUUCUCACUCUCACUUGCUCCGCCGUCUCCCUUAGGGUUCCGCUUCCCACGGUUUUGAUCGACGCCGAGUCUCCGGUGACAUUCCGAGCACACCACGACCACAUUGAGGUCAAGCUCCUCCUCCUCCUCCCCGUCGAUCACCCCAUCGUCAAAUCCCUCAAUCAACCCCACAGUUCCCCAGACGACGACGUUUCCAACACUCUCCUAUUGGAAUCUGACGUGAAAGUUUUGUCUUCUGAAGGAGAAGUUGACUUUUACUGCAGAAGUUGCUCAUUCAAGUUGACCAAAAAUCCUCUCAGGAAUUUUGUUGAAAUGCCAUCAGCGAAUUGGAGAGAGGUGGCUGACAACUGGUUUGGAGCUUGUUGUUGUUCAUUUGGAGGUAUAAGUGAGAAAAUGGUGAUGAGGUAUGUAAGUUCUUAUGCUUGCGUGCAGGGUUUGUGUCUAUUGAGCUCUACAUCUAUCACUCUUUGCAAGGAUGAUCUUGUGGAAUGUAAUUUUCCUGAAGGGUGUGGAGAACAAGAGUGUAAUUCUGUAGCAGGUAACCCAGGAGAUGAUGGUGUUAGCAAAACCACAAGAAAUUCUGGAUUGAACAAGGAAAGAACUUCAACCGGCAGUGAUGCUGGUGAAGUAACCUAUGCUUUUGAUGAGAAUUCAAGGUUUGCUCAUGUUGAGCAUGAAAAAAAGCCUUUGGUGAAUGUCAGAUAUGAAGUCAGUAAGAAUAAACCUGAUCAUGGUGAAUUCUCUUGUUCACAUCCAGAUUCAGAUGUUAAUGAAGAUGUGGUCAAACCUCCUAGUUGUUGUGGUCAUAUGACAAGCAUUCUUGGGGAUGAAGACAAUGGACAUCAUUUAUCUGAAAUUGCUGGAAAGGAACGGUUGCCAACAGAAACCAUGGAAAUUCUGGGAAAUCAGAAAUCUUUCCUCAAUGGUUUUCUUGAAGAUGUAUUCAUGGCUAGAUCAUCAAACCUUUCAAAGGAUAUUAGUUGGCAUGAAUUUACAUGCCCUCAAUGCUCGUCUCUCCUUGGAGCCUACCCAUGUUGUGAGGGCUUUACACCAGUAGAUGGAGGAGUACGAUUGUUCAAAUGUUAUAUUUCAACCUGUGUGCCAGUUGGAGGAUCAGGGGACACAUUCAGCAAAUACACCAUGGACAAAAUGUUUGCAAAUCAGUUGAUGGAGUGUGCAAAUGAUGAAUCAUUGUUUCGGUUUGUUAUCAGAGAUCUGACAACAAAAUCCCCUGUCCUGCAAAUCAUUCUUUUAAAUCCAGAUACUUGGUCAUGUUCUCGCAAUUGUUCUAGUACAGAGGACAAAGACCCAGUUCCUAAAUUACAGUUAGGGCCCGUCAUCAAGGUGCUUUUUUCUGAUUGCAACACUGCAACAGAUUCUCAAUUAAGGAUGAUAGAGGAAUGGGCUACAAAGAAUUCCGCUGAAAACAUUUUUAUGUUGACUCGUCAAAUACAAGAAUUGGUGGGGUCGUUGAUGUCAGCAAAAGACAUAUAUCCACCUUCAUGUGCUUGCAUUCAAGGUUUAAUCUUGUCGUCUGUGCAACUGUAGUAAUAUACUAAACAACUCAUUUGGUAAUGAAAGUUGAUUUUUAGU